CAUCGGAGUCUAUUUUGGCAACGGGGAUACGCAUGGAGACUCCAUCACCAUCUUUUACGCGCGGAGUCAGAUAAUGCGCGCAGGUACGGGGACGCACGAAAUCACGCUUCUACUCGUGGAGUGAACAUUCAGUCGUCUUUUUUUUUUACUGGUGGACUCAUGUGACAGAAGUGUAGGCGACGGUGUGACACAGACGCAAAGAGAAGCCUCUCACCCGGCGGUGGAUCAUUCGAGCUUAUUUUCUCGCGCACCUCGCGUCAGCAUGGACGUCUUAGCGGACCACAGCAUCUUUCAGGAACUUCAGCUUGUGCACGACACCGGCUACUUCUCUGCCAUGCCGUCUCUGGAGGAGAACUGGCAGCAGACUUGCCUAGAGCUGGAGCGCUACCUGCAGACAGAGCCCAAGCGCCUGUCAGAUCUUUUCGACCAAGACCUGGAUGGCAUCUUGACGCCUGCCUACAUGAAAGAGGACGGCGACGAAGAACUUGUAGAUGCCUUGCUCCCGGGCCUGCCCGAGCCCUCGAGCCCUCCUGCCAUGAUUGUUUGCCCACGGAAAAACUUUUCCUCGACCAGUUCACCAAAAAAAGAACACAAAUCCAAGAGUGGGGAAACUGUGGAGGGGCUGGAAGGUGUUCACCAGGCCCAGUUGAGCGCUGUCACUUCACUGACACCGCCGUCAUCACCGGAACUCAGCCGGCACCUUGUCAAACCCAGUCAGUCACUGACAGCUUCAGCUGACGGGACACUGACCCUUAAGCUGGUGGCUAGAAAGGUGGGACUGAGUGCUGCGCGUCUGGUGGCGGCGCACGCGCUCCCUGUCCGGAUGAAGGAUGAAGAGGAUGGGACAGCAUGUGGAAUCGGGGAGCUACCGGAGAACAAGAAAAGGAUCCACCGCUGUCAGUUCAAUGGCUGUAGGAAGGUGUACACCAAGAGCUCCCACUUGAAGGCACACCAGCGGACACACACAGGUGAGAAGCCGUACAAGUGCUCAUGGGAGGGUUGCGAGUGGCGAUUUGCCCGGAGCGACGAGCUGACUCGGCACUAUCGCAAACACACUGGCGCCAAACCUUUUAAGUGCAACCACUGUGACAGGUGUUUCUCACGGUCAGAUCACUUGGCGCUUCACAUGAAGAGACACAUUUGAAGAAAUGAGAAGGAGGUCAGCCAGAAUGGAGAGAGGGAAAGAAGACGGAAGUUAGCAGAGUAUAAACACCAUGGACUCCGGCGGGAAAAAAAUUGCUAACAGUGACGGACCCCACGAUGAGCCGCCGAUCAAUUACAGAAGCCGUCAUAUACCUUGACUCAAUCUUUGUUCCAAACACUGACAUGCCACCAAACACGCCACUCUGCGUUGUCACAUGGACAAUACAAAUGCUCGGCCAACCCUACUUCUGUGUCUCAAAUCCGAUGAAUUAUGGACUCCACAUGGCUUAAUUUCAGGUUUCCUUUUUCAAGUCAUCAUUCCUUGUGACAAGCUUCCGAAAUGUCAGGCCGGCUCAUGCGGAAGUGCCGCUAAACAUAACAUGGUACCCCUUUACACGCAGCAAGACAAGACGGAAACAGUGAUCAUUUAUCGUAGCAAAUGCCAAAUUGCAUGGAAAUGAGAUUAUGUGAAGGUGUGAACUCUGUUCAACCCUAGAUGUUUUAAGGAAAAAGGGUUUUCAAAAUGUCAUGCUACGUUCUCUCUCUCACGACAAAAACAAAGCAAAGCCAUGUGUCAGGGAGAAAUGCCUGGGAGGUUAAUGUAGAAAUCUGAUCAAGUUUCAUUUUCUAAAGUCAGCGUCUGGUCACACUACUGUAACAUUUGGAGUUUCCAACCUUAAACUGGGUGUACUGCGCAGAUGUACUGCGUUUGUCAAAAUCUGAUUUUAAGUCUACAGAGUCUGUAGCAUGUGAUUUGGCGCUUCCUCAUUUCUUAAAAGGUUUGGUCCAGCAGUCGCAGAAGGGUCGCCACAUUAUUUAUUUACUUGUUUUGCUGCUGCAAAGGGGUACCAACCUUCAAUCGAGUAAGUCUCGCCAGAUAUUAAGUCAUCUCCAACCCUGUCGAUGCUUUUCGUAUAUGGACACUGCAGGUGUCCUUUGUUCAAAGAUUGGAUUGUAGACGUGUUGAAGUUCACUCACAGAGCUGGCUUGUUCCAUAAACGUCAUCCAAUAAGGUUUUCCUCAGGACGGGGGUCGGCAAGAAGAAUGCCCGCUUAAACUUACCAUCUUUGCAGGAAAUAGCUGAAUCCUGAGGCCUGAGGGUUUGUUCUAUCAUGAACUGUUGACAUGAAUUGUUGCACAAUUGACUCUUUACAAACCAGUUUUGUAAAUAAAACGAAAAAGAAGAAAAAAAAUGCCCUAAUGUCUCAAAACUGGUGGACAAUUCAGGAGUCACCAAAAUUUGGCUUUUCCAAUGCUGAUGCAGCAUGUACAAGCCACGUGCACAAUCCAAGCAGCUCCUAGACUGCAAUAGCACAUCGCAACAAGAUGUAUUUAAAGGCUAUUUAUGUUUCUAAAUGAGAAAUAAUCUCCCUUUCAUGGAGUUGAAACAAGGAAACAGCCAAAAAAGUGUCGACUGUGGAUGCCUGAAAUGAUCUCUUGUGCAUUUGAGAGUGAUUGGCACCUCAAGUUAAGGGUUCUUUGUUCCAUGUCAGUCACCCACCCUUCCAAAUUAGCAGCUUGCAGACCUUUCCUUUCAGGGAGCAGCAUCAGGUCCAAGCUCUAUGCAUAUAUGCGGACAUUCCUGCUGACUUCCUGAACCCAUGGAUGCAGAUUUGUUCUACAUGGGAAAAUGCAUCGGAAGAAAAAUCCAAUCAAUUUUGCUGUUCUUUGAGCAAAUCAAUGUGAAUGUAUCUGUUGUUGGUGUGUAAAUGUUGCCAAGCCCGUAAAUAAGGAACUGAGUUGGUGACCAUACAGUCAGACUUGAGACAGCAGUUUUCUUUCAAUAUACAGUAGUUCAGCUCACAGUCACUGCUGGUGACCAAUGACAAGUUAGUCCACGUGGCACUGGUGGAGGAGCAGGCGUUCAACAAGGCGGAUUUCCACUGGCCGCCAAGAGGAGGAUAUGAGGAACAGCUCUGCUCUGUCAGCAAAGAGGACUGACCGUUGAUACACACACAUUUGUCCUCGGUGACCCGACCAUGUCCUCCUGGAACAAAGAAACAUGCUUGUAAGCCUGGGUUUUUGUCACAGCAGCUUGUAUACUAUUUUUUAUUUGUUCAUCCACAACAAACGCCUGCGUCACGCCGACGCUUCUCAUACCAAAAGAAGACGAUACCCAAGAAAUAAGACGAUCACAGGGUGUUCCUCAAGGUACAACACUUGAUCCACUUUUUUUCUAUCCUUCCCUUUCUUCCUGACUCUAAUGGAGAAGGAGUAAACAACAACAACGUCUGCAGAAUUCAGAUGUUUUGCCAAUGGGAGCAAACUGCUUGAUCGAUGCAAGAGUUGCAAAAAAUCUCGACACACUGUACAUAAAAAGUAAUGUCAUGUGGAAAUCCUUCUCUUAAAGAUAUAUCCAUGGUAAAUUCAUUAGAUACGUCUAAAAGCAGGGAAUUAGAUCGGAGGCAUGAGAAAUUGAGCUGGCAUCAAAAUUUCAACCCAGGAUAUUACUGAUGAGGCUUCAUGAAACUGUGUCCUUAUUUUCAGAGGCCGCCAGAUGGCGCUCUCUACUCUAAAAUCUUUGAAUUUAAACAACCAUUUCAAUGAAAUCUCACCUCCUAUUUUUAAAACAACAGCACCUGUCCUGAAAAUUAGAACACUUUCAGGAAGUUUCAGUUUCAGGAAGCCUCCUCAGCCCAUCACUACCAGAUAUACUAUAGAUUACUCCCACAUACCCAAAUGUGUGUUCACUUGUCUUUCCCAUGUUUUCCAUCCCUUUUAUUUUCUACUCCUUAUAGUCACAUGUUGCCCCAGUAUAGGCCAGAGCUGAGCUCCGAAAUGUGUUCUCAUAACUUUGUGACAACACUCCAUCAACCUUCCUGACCCUACUUUUCCACCAAUUCCCUCUUGAAGCCUUAUUAAAUACUCGCCACCUUUAUUCACCCAUUUUGUUUCAUUUUGUACCCCAGUUUGGUCCCUCAAGCAAUGGCUGAACACCAUUCUCAUGUUCACCAUGGCCCUGCAUUUGUACUGCCUCAUCUUCUUACAUGGCUGUAUAUCCCAAAUCUUCAUACUAGUAUACAAAGUCCCCAAACUGUAAACUCCAGAGUGACUCAUAUCACUCUGACAUGCUCAUGUGCCUUCUGCUCCUCAGCCAUUAUCCAGGAACUCCAAAAGCAUGCCAUCCAGUAGUGAUGGGCUGAUGAGGCUUCAUGAAACAGUGUCCUAAUAUUCAGAGCCCACCAGAUGGCGCUCUUGAAUUUAGAAAUGAUGUGAGGUUUCAUUGACUAUGUUGUUCAAGUCCAAGCAUUUUAUAUAAGAUAGCACCAUCUGGUGGCCUCUGAAAAUCAGGACACUGUUUCAUGAAGCCUCUUCAACUCAUCACUACCAUCCAGCGUAUUGAAAUCUACAGCAGCCGUGUCACAGUGCAAGUCUGUUUCUUCUCAACCAGUCCCAUGUGUGUUUCAAGGUUGAUCGGUCACUUACUGAGUGAGUAUCUUGAAGCGAGAAGGAUUUCCACAUGGUCCGCAGAUCAACUAGCACUGGAAACUGUGUCUACAGUCGGAGCAAGAUAUGGGGUCGCGACUGAGAAGAAUGAGAAGUGUGAAUGAGAACUGACUUUAACCAGGAGGUUAGAAUCGUAAAUGGCAGCUCUUCUUGUGUAUGUUUUAAUAUCCGGACAGGGCACUGACCACUUCCCUGCAGACUGGUUGUGAAUGUGCGUGUAACCGUGCAGCUCUGGAGUAUUUGGUUCAUAUUCUGGUUAGCCUACUGAGGAUUUCGUACUCUCAUCACUGAAUGUGUUCCGGUCUGUGGAGAGACUUUUGGCAGCAGAGAGAGGACAGCACAGUUUAAAUUUGUGGCAUGAAGAACAUGUUUUUUUUUUCCAUGCUGAGAGCUGGAAUAAAUCAGGAGUUCAAAUGUGACUUUUUUUGUUUGUUUGUUUUUUUCUGGUUGUCAUCCCAGAGGAUGUGGUUCACUUCUGUGUCAUUUUGAUGAAUGAUUGUCAAUUCUGCUGUGCCUGUACGUUCUUUGUCUGUUUUGUAUUUGCACUCUGACAGGUUUUUGUUGAAUUCCUUUAGGGGGGGGUUGCAUAUCUGAUGUUUUUCUGUCCGCUUGUACACUUCACAGGACUAAACACUGAACACAAAGUCUGUACAGUAGAUGUUUUAUACACUGAGACACACCUGAUGCACCUAGCGCUGUCAAGGAAAGAGACAACAUGCAUGUAAACACACCCCAAAUAUUCACACGCACACACAGGCAUAUGCACAAGAACAUGCACGCAAACCUGUAUUUCACCAGUACACUCGCUUCGCCUUCUUGUGUGUUUUUCACUGUUUUCUGCAGCUAGUUUUCCACUCUUGGCAGCAACGGAUGCUUGCAUUUGCUGUGCGUGACACCACCUCUGUUUCUGCCAGGUCUGACUUUGAAAUCAAACAAACCCUUUUUUUCUACCGGCUUGCCCUCACCGCUCUCCCCUCCCCCCGUUGCUCGCCACGUUUUCUCAGAUAUGAUCCCUUCAUCACCUCUGUCCAACUCUCUCCACCCUCCUCAUUGUCUGCGCGUCUGUCCUCCCCCCUGCUGUACAAAGUGUUUCAAAUUUAUCAUUUGUAUAUUAUGAUGUAUGGGUACGAUAAUGUUCUUUAUUAUGGGGAAAAAAAAAUGGAGAGAUUUAUUUUUGUUACCAGUUUGUUUCAUAAUUCCUUUUUUAAAUUGGUAUUGUAAUAUCUCUAUGCAAGGAACAGUUCGGUGAAUCGUUUUUAUUUAAGAAUGUAAUUAUGUGUAAUAAAUCGU